AAGACCAACUACAAUAUCAUGAUACGAAUACCGGUAGUUGAAUCUUAUUCUUGGUAAAAUCAAGCUUCUUUCAUUACUUGCAUAUGAAAAUGAGACCUAGGGCCUAAAUAAAACUUAAGUUAGAAUUCCAAGUUGUUUUUUUUUUACUUACCAGAGUCUAGAUAUCAGUAACUACUAACUUUGAGGUCCUUUGCGCUCAUUUAGAGUGGUCUAACCAGCAGCUUCGUGAUCACCGUACCCGCCUUCACCUUUGGUAUACCGUACGCUCUCGACCUCGAUACCGCGCGUGAGAGAGUGGCUAGUGCAUGCAGUGGUGGUGUGCUAAAACCUUGCCCUUGGAAGUUGGAACACAAUUUCAUCACGUUUCUCUGGCUUAAGCUUGUCCUAAAAAGUUUGCAAUGACGACGGGAGCUUCAAACCCAACCAACCCUAUUGUUUUCUUUGACAUAACAAUAGGAGGGCAGGAUGUAGGCCGAAUGAAGAUGGAAUUAUUUGCUGAUGUAGUACCAAGAACAGCAGAAAACUUCAGGCAACUUUGUACAGGAGAAUUUAAGAAAAAUGGCAUGCCGACAGGAUACAAAGGAGCCACUUUUCACAGAGUCAUCAAAGAUUUCAUGAUCCAAGGAGGUGAUUUCAUUAAGGGGGAUGGCUCAGGUUCUCUCAGCAUCUAUGGCGCUAACUUUGUGGAUGAAAACUUCAAAUUAAAGCAUGAUGCACCAGGAUUACUAUCCAUGGCUAACUCUGGACCAGGUACCAACGGUUGUCAAUUCUUUGUGACGUGCGCAAAGUGUGAUUUCUUAGACGGCAAGCACGUCGUCUUUGGCAAGGUGAUAGAUGGACUUCUUGUCAUGAGAAAAAUUGAGAACGUACCCACUGGAGCUAAUAACAGACCCAAGAUCCCCGUCCUGAUUUCGCAGUGUGGAGAAAUGUGAUGAUGAUCAACUGCUCAUCGUAAAGACUAUCAUUUGACUGACGAUCCUGGUCCAAUAUCAGGAACUGGGGAGUGUUUCAUUAACAUUUGUUGGAUCUGACAACUUUCCUUGAUUUUAAAUGGCUAAGAAGCACUGUUGCUAUGGAGGCUGUUCGAUAAAACAGGACUUGUUGGAUAAAACGUACAACAAGUCCUUUCAUGCAACGCUCCCCUAGGGUAUCUAUGCUUUGUGAACAGUGGCAUAGCUGGUGAGUGAUGUGGACCGGGCCCAGUGGCUUCAUCGCACACUCCUAGUCAAAGAACAUCAACAUUGAAAUAAAAGUUUCUGAAGUCAUUGUCUCAGAAAGUAGCGUCUCCAAGGAUACGAUGAUCACGUCUCGGAUGUCGCUUUCUCUAACGGCAGCACGCCCAAUAUUGUCUUUGUUUCCAACGCCAUUUUUUCAGACUGUGGACUUUGGAUUCUGAGUGGUCAUAUAUUCACUUAUGGACCCAUUCUAGGGCUGGCAUUCAAUUUAAUACAAUUAGUCAGAAAAACAAGUAUUUUAGAUGGAAUUUUGUUCGGAAUUGAUGGAUACUUAGCCGAUUUUAGUAUUCAAUUCAUGAGUUUGGCUAAGUAGUUUACCUUAUAUUUAAGUCACUUCUCUCAUUUGCAAAUUUUGUUGUGUGGUAAAGAUUUUUGUACGUCAUUCAGCCUGAGCUCCACAGUAUUAUGAAAUAGCAAUUUGGGUGCAAUGCACUAGUGGUAUGUUAUUUGGCAAUAACACUGGGACAUCACAUUGCUUUUCAUAUUCCGGCUUACUUUGCAGCUUACUAAACGAAAAUGCUAAGUAUUUAUUGUAGAUGAAACAGUAAAAUGUUUAUAUAAUCCAAGAUUUUGAUUGAAUGCCAGCCCUAGUUUAUCAUGUAUCAUUAUCAAAUAAAAAUAUACAUUGGUCGAAAUUCAUAUCUUGGUUCCAGUUUUUAAGGAAAUCUGCAAAUAUGGUUUUAAAACCGUCAUUUGAAACCAUGCACAUUUCUUGCAUAAGUUGCUAUAAUUUCAGUGCAUAUAAUUAGGAACCAUGCAAUAAUGAAUGCGCACUUUUAUCACAAUGCGCAAUAUAUUGACGCCCGUCACUAAGGAUACUGCAUUUAAUGAUCUAACUGUUUAUGUAAAUCAAUUAUCAUUAACAGCUGAUUCGUUUGUGCUGUAACCUUUAGGGCGCUGUGAUAAAAUCGUGCAUUCCUUAUGGUGCUUUCUCAAUAUACACACAUUGAAUUAGGGAGUAAUCACUUCAUAAGAUCUGUAUGAACUAUGGUUUCAUGCCACUGAUUAAAAACGAUCUACAUGAAUUUAGGCCAAUAAGUUUGUGCAUUUGAAAGCUGGGUAUAUGAUCUGUACCAUGUGCCUGGUGGGUGUUCCAUAAAGCCGCUUGUCAGCUUACGCACAAAUUUAUGCAUGACUGGGACAUGAUCUCGGGUGCUAAGGCAGCUAGCUACAUAGGGAUAGUAGCACGAGAAAGGGCUACCAGUCCGGUGUAAAAUCAUUCGUAAAUGACAAACAGCUUUAUGAAACACCAGGAUCAACAUUCCUAAGGCAAAACUAGAAUAAUUGAGUCAAUCAGGAUUUCAUUUUUGCUGCAUAAAAUGUGGAUGUAAAUAAACCUUUCUUUUUACAAA